UCACCCCGUAAAAUUUUCAAUGAGCCGCCAUAUUAGGAAGUCAACCCCUCUUUCAUUCGUGAAGGAAAACACAGGAUAUACUUCCAGGACAAUUUUCAGAAGCGCUGGCUGUUGUUGCGCGCUCCAAUCUAAAUCGUUACAUCAGCACGAGUGGUAUCCUGGUUUGGUUUCAGUCUUUAAUACGGGUUAUUUAGCUACUGUUCUACAAUGGCGACCGCGGCUGCAACUCCGACCGGCCAGAGAAGCACGUGCGGCAGCGGUACACCGCUGAGUCCGACUAGGAUAAGCAGACUACAGGAGAAACAACAACUCAGGGAACUCAACGACCGCCUGGCCGUCUACAUCGACAAAGUCCGUAGUUUGGAGUCCGAAAACGACACACUCCACCUGCAAAUAAGCGAGAAGGAAGAAGUGAGGAGCAGGGAGGUGUGCGGACUGAAAGCCUUGUACGAGACCGAGCUAGCCGACGCCAGGAGGUGUUUGGAUGAUUCCUCUAAGGAGCGGGCCUGGCUGCAAAUUGAGCUGGGAAAGAUCAAGUCCGAGCAUGAGCAGCUUCUACAGAACUACAACAAGAAGGACUCUGUGGCAGCAGGAGCCCAGGCUAGGUUGAAGGACUUGGAGGCUCAGCUGAACUCCAAAGAGGCCAUGCUGGCUACAGUGUUGUCUGAGAAGAGGGGCCUGGAGGCCACACUGAGCGACCUGCAAGAACAGCUGCAGGAGCUGGAUACAGGUCUCGCUCAGGCCAAGAAGCACCUUGCAGAUGAGAUGCUCCUGCGUGUUGACCUGGAAAACCGCUGCCAGAGUCUGACUGAGGAAAUGGACUUCCGUAAGAACAUGCACGAGGAGGAAGUAAAGGAGGCCCGGCAGCGGUAUGAGACCCGACUGGUAGAGGUGGACUCUGGACGGAAAGAGGAGUAUGAGUAUAAACUGACUCAGGCCCUAGCUGACAUGAGGGCUCAGAACGAGGAGCAGAUCAAGAUAUACAAGGACAACAUGGAGAGCACCUACCUGACCAAGCUUGAGGACCUGCGUCGGUUGUCUGAGAUGAAUGGAGCAUCAGCCAACAUGGCCCGAGAGGAGCUUAGAGAGUCCAGCCUGAGGAUUGAGAGUCUCACCGCCCAGCUGGCAGGACUGCAGAAGGAGACUCGUGGUUGGCGUGAUCGUAUAGCAGAGCUAGAGGCAGCAUUGGCUCAGGAGAAAGACACAAGCCGCAAGAUGCUGGCAGACAGAGACCGUGAGGUGGCUGAGAUCCAGGCCAAAAUGCAGCAACAGUUGAACGAGUAUGAACAGCUGCUGGAUGUUAAACUGGCUCUGGACAUGGAGAUCAAUGCCUACCGCAAACUUCUGGAAGGAGAGGAAGAAAGACUGAAGCUGUCUCCCAGUCCUUCAUCUCGUGUCACGGUGUCCAGAGCGUCGUCCAGCAGCCGCAGUGUGCGAACUGCUCAGGGAAAGAGAAAGCGUGUUGAUGUGGAGGAACAGGAAGCCAGCAGCUCAGUGUCCAUUGCUCACUCUGCCUCAGCCACAGGACCCAUCUGCAUCAACGAGAUCGACACUGAUGGCAAGUUCAUCUGCCUCCACAACAGUGGAGAUGAGGACCAGGCCAUGGUGGGUUAUGAGAUGAUUAAGACAAGUGGAAAUGCUACAGCCACCUACAAGUUCACACCCAAAUACGUCCUGAAGGCUGGCCAGAAAGUCACGGUGUGGGCAUCUGAUGCUGGUAUGAGCUCAAGACCUCCUGCAGACCUGGUUUGGAAGAACCAGUCCUCCUGGGGUCCAGGAGAGGACGUCCAUGUGGUGCUAAUCAACCCUCAGGGAGAGGAGGUGGCAAAGAGAACCACAACAUACAAGACAGGAGUCGAAGAAGAGCAGGGUGAGGAGGAGGAGGAUGAUAAUGGUGUGGAGGCCGUGGAGGAAGACCUCUUCAACCAGCAGGGAGACCCUCGUGCUGCCAAGAGAGGCUGCUCCAUCAUGUGAUCCCACUGUACCAACCAGCCACCUCUUCCUCCUCCUCUGAGCCCAGCCAGUCUGCUGCCAACUGUAAUACUAGAACUAUUUUUCUAUCUUUUGUAGUGUAUUAUUUUAUCUUUAUUUCUCAUAAAAAAUACAAAACUGAUUUUUGUAGGUGUAUUUAUAUCUGGAAACCAAAAUAACAUGGUCAUUGAACAAAAUUUACAUUUGUAGGUCAGAAGCUUUUUUUUUCCUUUUUAGACCACACAGCAUGUAGCUGAACUCAAGGACAGGACAGACUGUUUUUAAGAAAAAAAUGAGUCAUACCAUGUCAUUUUAAAAAUAGAUUUUCAUUUUGUUAUUGUGUUUUAUAUUUAAUCUUAAUUUUAUUGUUGAUGCUAUACUCAAGGCCUUUAAAUUCCAAGAACAGCCACAAGAUGUCAGUAAUUAGUUCAGGUCCUGGGCUGGUUUUGAUGUGUUCUUCACUUUGCUUUAGAAGGAUUGUUUGGGGGGCGGGGGACUUAACACUAACAGGGCACGUACACUAAAAGCUCUGCAGUAACAGGACAUAAUAUCAUAAAUGACUUCCCUCAUCAGCCUGGACCUUGAGUGGACAAAAUGUCAGCGUUAUAUAAUCCAGACACUUCUGCUCAAUGGCAUCCUUCUAGUAUCUUUAGGAACAAAUUAAUUGUAUGAUUGUUUUCAUAAGGAAGUUAGAGGACAGCUUGUUAGCAGUUACUGAGUUACUUUAAAGCCCUUUAUGUGGAAAUAAAGAAAAAGAUCUGACAAGGGCACACGACCAAAAAUGGACUGAAAGCAUUUCCCCCAGGGCAUGUCAUUUUUACAGAAAUAAGAUCAGGUGCCAACAGAAACAUUUGACAGAUGUCACACACAGGGGAUGUGAUGGCAUGAGUUUCUCUUCACUGACUCUGAAUAAGCGUUGCACCACUAAUUAAGAAGUGUUGAUUGUAUUCUUAACUUUUGAUAUUUUAAGUGUUUGAAGUACUUUUGUGUCUGUGUGUUACUAUGCAUGCUAUGGCUGUAAUCUUGAUAGUUGAAAGAUUAAAUGUCUUCUCGUA